UAGAUAAUAAAUUAUUUUUUAAUCUUUGUGGUAUUAGUACCCAACAAAGAAAAAACGAACCGACCUACACGCAGUGUUUCGUGAUUUGCUCUAAUUUCUGCCAUAAAUUAUUCUAAUUCUACACACGUACAUAAAUUACAUAAAGAUAAAACUUUAUUAAUCAACAUAAUGUACAAAUUUUGCUCAUACACGCUUCUGACAGUUAUUACUGCGGAUAUUUUGGCAACUUGUGGGGACAUAACAUUGACAUGGACUUCCCCCAUCCUCCCGAAACUGUACUCAAACGACUCAAACAUAAACCCACUAGAUCGCCCCAUAACCCCCGAUGAAGAAUCCUGGAUUGGGUCACUAAUCAACAUCGGUGCUCUAAUCGGACCUUUCCCUUUUAGUUUCCUCGCGGAAAAACUGGGCCGGAAAACAACUCUUUUGUGUAUUUCAGUUCCACUCAUUAUCUCCUUCGGGAUAAUAGCCCUAGUGCCCUACCUUUACUGGUACUAUUUCGCCCGGUUUAUAGCCGGGAUUUCCCUCGGUGCUGGCUGCACAAUUCUUCCUUUGUACAUCGCAGAAAUUGCAGAAGAUGCAAACAGGGGAAUGUUGUCAGUUACGCUAGGCAUAUUCUGGUCUUUUGGACACUUGAUACCGUAUGUUUUGGGGCCCUACAUGUCGAUUCUAGCGUUUAAUCUCACGCUAGCGUGCGUACCGAUGCUUUUCUUUGUCCUGUUUGUCACAAUAGCGCCGGAAACACCGUACUAUUUGAUUAGCAAGAAUAAGAUUAAUAAAGCUGAAGAAAGUUUGAUGAAAUUGAGAGGAAGGAGCCGAAGUAUGGUCAGUAGUGAAAUUAUCCACAUCCAGUCGUCAAUGAAUCACGAGAAGAAAGGGAGUUUUGGGGAUUUAUUCAAGUCUAAAGCUAACCGGAAAGCUCUAGCAAUUUCAGUGACUUUGAUGGGCUUUCAGCAAUUAUCAGGGAUUAAUGCGAUUUUGUUCUACACCCAGCUCAUUUUUGAAACCACCGGGUCCAACAUUUCUGCCGAAAUUUCAUCGAUAAUCAUCGGACUGGUCUUAUUUUCCACCAGUUUAAUUAUUCCCUUUGUCGCAGAUCGGUUAGGUCGCAAGCUAUUUCUCAUGAUUUCGGCUUUUGGGAUGAUGACAGCACUGGCAAUUCUCGGUGCUUUUUUUUACGUGAAAGACACUGCUAAUUACGACGUCACUUCUUUCUCCUGGCUACCGAUUUUAAGUCUGGUGCUAUUCAUCGUGUCCAUUAAUUUGGGAUUUAUUCCUUUGCCUUGGACAGUCAGUUCUGAGCUAUUUUCACCAAACGUUAAGUCCUUUGGCAUAUCGCUAGUGUCUUUCACUUGUUGGGUCGGUAGCUUCAUUAUUACGAAAUUUUUUAACGACCUGAAUGACACCCUCGGUAAGGAGGGAACUUUUUGGUUGUUUUCAGGUUUCUGUCUCGUGGCCGGAUUGUUCACACUUUUCUUCGUACCGGAGACCAAGGGGAAAAGUUUCCAAGAGAUACAAAACAUCCUCGAAAAAUAAGUGAACAUUUGCAUUGUUUUGUACGCUGAAUUUGUAAAUAAAACCCGCUUUUUUAUUA